CUGUCAGCGCCACAUGUAGCGACGGGGGAGCGCGCGGCAGAGGCGGCGGGUUUGCGCUCCAGAAGCUCUCGGCGCUGCGCGACGCGCGACACGCGACACAACGCGCAGCGGACGGAACGCGCGGCACGACGAGACACGAGACCUGCGGCACGUGGAAAGGAUGCGCUGCGUGGCUCCCGGAGCCCCUUUUCAAGGACGUCCCUGAGCCGUGAAGGACCGUGAAGCUCCGGUGGGGAAAUACAACAGAACAAAAAAAAAAAAGAAAGAAAGAAAGAAAGAAAGAAAAAGAAAUAAACUGCGUGCGCAUUUUUUUAAAGUGGUUGUUGUCAUAGUGAGAGGUAUUUCACGAGGACGCGCUGACAGGACGCUGGGGGGGCGGCCCGAUUGCGAACCACUUUGGCCAAACUCGUCCUGUCAUUUUUAAAGAUCCGCUUUGUGACCAGCCAGCGCACGCGCUCGCAGGAGGAGAGGCAGGUGCGGAGACCAUGGUGAACCCCAGCGGCAGUGCCCAGCCACCCCCGGGCGGAGCAGGGACCCUCCCCUGGAAGCGGUGCGCGGGCUGCGGGGGCAAGAUCGCCGACCGCUUCCUCCUCUACGCCAUGGACAGCUACUGGCACAGCCGGUGCCUCAAGUGCUCCUGUUGCCAAGCGCAGCUCGGUGAGAUCGGCACAUCCUGCUACACCAAGAGCGGCAUGAUCCUGUGCAGAAACGACUACAUCAGACUAUUCGGCAACAGCGGGGCGUGCAGCGCGUGCGGCCAGUCGAUCCCGGCCAGCGAACUGGUCAUGCGGGCGCAGGGCAACGUGUACCACCUCAAGUGCUUCACGUGCUCUACCUGCCGGAACCGCCUGGUCCCCGGGGAUCGCUUCCACUACAUCAACGGCAGCCUGUUCUGCGAACACGACAGACCCACGGCCCUCAUCAACGGCCAUUUGAAUUCACUGCAGACGAACCCGUUGCUGCCGGACCAGAAGGUGUGUUAGGGGUGGAGGUGUGCUAAAGGCAGAGCUCGUGCCUUCAUUUCUGCCCUCGACAUCACCCGGCAACAACUACCCUUCGCCCCCACCCGUGCCCCGCACCCGUCCCUCAGACCGACGGCAGCGCCGGACCCAGGUCCUGGACCCCUGCUCCUCCACCGUAUCCCCCAAAUGUAGUCCCCUCACAACAUCCCAACCCUGGCAGCCAUCCCCGCCCCCCGCGUGUUUUUGCUUCUGCUCCUCUGCAGACGGCCCGCCGGCUUGCCUAUUUGCGCUCGCUCCCGUGGCUUGAGACAGGACAUUGAGAGCGCCAUGAACCUGGACUAAUGGGAGACCACUCUGGAGGAAGGAGAGGCCAAGAGGGAGAACUGGACCCCAGGACUUUUCAGGGGAGAGAGGACGAAAAAAUGACAAACGAAGCUAAUUAAGUGCAGCUUUUUUUUUUUUUUUCUUUUUCGGUGGAAUAAUGGGGGCACUAAUUUGCCUUUUCCUUUCUCAAUCCGCUCGUUCUUUACACCCUGAUAUUUCUCCUUUCUAUAUUUUUAGUGUUGUGAAGGGAAUUCCUUUCGUUUCGGGGAUUAGGAAGGACUUUUGUGGAGACGGAGUCAUUAAACACUUUGUGUAUCUGUAAAAUGCCAUAUAUGUAUGCAUGUAAGUGGUUUUUGUCCCAACGUGGCUAUACUCUUCUCUUUACGCACUCCCCACCCCGCCCUCAGACACCGCCCUACGCAAUGCGACCCUCCCAGUACCCCGAUCCACGGCAAGCAAGCAAAGGCAAAUAUCUGUUGCUCGUAGCCGAUUUCAUGUAGAGAUUUCCUCCGACCUAUUAUUGCUCAAUGAAAAAAAUAAAUCUAUUUGUGAUAUUUUCAGAGACAUUUGCUCAAGUAUGGUGUAUUUAAUUAAUAAAAAUGUAAAAGAGAGAACCUCACCACUGAUUCAUUUAAUACAAGGACCCCUCUGCAGUUCCUCAAGCUGAACGAGUAUCACAAAUCACAGCUCCGG